AUGGGAUUUUUCGAGCACAAAGAGACUAUAGAAGAGAAUGAUACAGUAAUUGUCUACAUUAGCAACGAUGAUUUAUUUCCGAUAAUUGCCAAAAGCGGGGAUGUAAAACAGACGAAAUUCGGUGCAGUAAAACACAACGAAAUCAUCGGUAAAAAAUACGGUUGCCGCUACGACUGUGCUCGUGGGUACGUUUACCUUCUUUUUCCGAAUCCUGAAAUUUGGACGUUGUCACUUCCCCACAGGACUCAAAUUUUAUACACUCCUGACAUCUCUCGCAUCGUCUUCGAACUUGGGCUGAGCAAUGGAAAGGUUGUUUGCGAAUCGGGAACUGGUAGUGGCUCCCUUUCUCAUGCUAUUGCCAGGGGUGUUUAUCCGAAUGGACAUCUUCAUACAGUAGAAUUUCAUGAAGAAAGAUCGAAAAAGGCUAGAGUGGAGUUUGAAGAUCAUGGGCUCAGCAAGAACAUCACCGUCUACCACCGUGAUGUGUGCGAACAGGGGUGGCCUAGAGAAGUGGAUCACAAAGCAGACGCUGUGUUUUUAGACAUUCCGGCUCCUUACAAAGCCAUCGAGCAUGUAAAACGCGCUUUGAAGCUGGAAGGCGGCGAGUUUUGCAACUUCUCGCCCUGUAUUGAACAAGUCCAGGAGACUUGUGAAAAACUUAGGGAGGGUGGAUUUACGAAUAUCAAGACAAUCGAGUGUAUCAAUAGCCAGACUACUGUGAAAUCCAGUCAUUUACCAAUGCCGGACUUUGGAGUAGACUACAGUGAGCUUGAAGAUGCGGGAAUUAUGCCCAAAGAUUGUGAAAAGAUUGGAAAAUAUGUAAAACGAUUGGAAAAAGGAUCAAGACCGAAGACUCAGAAUUUGAAAGAAGAAGCAGGACAAGAAGAAGCGAAGGAAGAUUUAAAACUUACUGAAUGCAAUUUUGUCGUGAAGUCGGCUCUUGCCAAACGCUCCCAAUAUGGCCACACUGGCUACCUGACGUUUGCUCGACUGCCGCCACGAGACAGCACUCUCUAG